AUGUCCUCCAACCCCCGUAGGACGCCGAUGACUCGGCCGGACUCGAGAGGCCUUUCUCUUAAGACCAACACCCUCCAGAAGGGAGCGACCUUUCACUCUCCCACGAGUCCUACCUCGACCACAGAGAACGUCUUUAGACCACCAUCUCUGCCACGCCGAUCGCAGUCGAACCUGGACGAUGUCAUUGAUUCCCAUCGCCGCCGUGCCGCCUUGACCUUGGACGAGUUUGAUAGAACGCUUGCCGGUCUUUCCAUCAGCGACUCGCCUUCCUCAGCGGCUGCGCGCAAGAUUCUUCGCGAAGACAGCCCGCCCAUUCCCCGUGGAAUUCUCAACCACACCUUGGAUACUGUCAUGGCCAAGGGGAAGGAGGUGGAACGCAAAGUACUGCGCCCUCGCACUCGCCGAACUUCUCGACAUCACGACUCCGACAGCGGUCUCGGCACCUCUAUUGCUUCCACUAACGAAAAAAUUGCUGCGAAGGAGCAAACAGUCGCAAAGACCACUGCUGUCACUAGAUCUGCCGCCGCCACUCGCACGACCACAACUACCACCACACAAGUGCUCGGUCAGCGUGCCAACAACCGCAUUUGCGAACACACACUCAAGCCACUCCUUGGCAAGCCGGAAUUCAAGGAUUUCCACCCGCUUCUGCUGGAGUGCCCAAAGAAAAUUCAAGACAAGGAGAUCGUCUGCCUUAGAGAUCUUGAGAAGACACUUCUUCUUGUCGCACCAGAGAGAACCAAAUCUGCUGGCCUGUAUCUCGACUUCUGCCUGACCACCAUUCAGUGCAUCCAGGCCACUGUUGAGUACCUCAGCGACCGUGAGCAGACUCGGCCACGCGACGUGCCGUAUAGCAGCGGCUAUUUUAUCGACCUGGUUGAUCAGAUCCGCCACUACGCCCAGCAACUUUCCGAGGCCAAAGAGAAGGGAGAGAACGACGAGAUGGAUGUUGAUCCCACUGACGAGAUCAAACUGCACGGUGGAAUCCACAUCAACGGCCGCCCCGCCGAGCUGGUUCGCAUCAAGAAGAACGGCAAAAUGAUUUCCAUGGCUACCGGCGAACCUAUCGAGUCGAUUGAGGAAGAGAGCAGCGGCGCGGUCAGGAUUAAGCGCUCGGCCAGUGAGGAGCUCGAAGAUGAGGAAGAGAUCAUGCGCUCCAUGGCCAGGCGAAAGAAGAAUGCUACACCCGAGGAGCUCGCGCCCAAGAAGUGCCGAGAGCACGGCUGCAACAAGGAGUUCAAGCGGCCUUGCGACUUGACCAAGCAUGAAAAGACACACUCUCGGCCCUGGAAGUGUCCCGUCACUACCUGCAAGUACCACGAGUAUGGAUGGCCAACGGAAAAGGAGAUGGAUCGCCACCAUAACGACAAGCACUCUGCGGCGCCCCCCAUGUUUGAGUGUUAUUACAAGCCAUGCCCGUACAAGUCCAAGCGGGAAUCCAACUGCAAGCAGCACAUGGAGAAGGCACAUGGCUGGACCUACGUCCGGACCAAGACCAAUGGCAAGAAGCCUGGCUCCAGCAUUGCUGGUGGCUCUACCCACCCCACGCCCCAACUUGGCCACAUUUCCACCCCCUCGAGCGACAUGAGCGCUGGGGUCGCUACUCCUCCUGAUGAUUGGAGCCACAUCUAUUCCAGUGGCCUGGAGUUCCCCACCUAUAUGCCCGACUCUGAUUUCGGCAUGAUCCCUCAAGAGCUCCAUCUUGAGUACUCUCCGGUUGAUAACCCUACUCCUUCCACUGACUCUGGCAUGGACCACAGCUCUGCCUACCAGGAUAUCUCCACAGAUUUCACACUCUAUGAGGAUAUUUACAGUGCCAAUGUGCAGCUCCCUACACCCAUGCACGCCAAUAUCUAUGACAAGCCCAUGGAACCACAGUUUACCCCUUUCACCGGUGCCGAACUCUGCCCGCUACCUGCCCAGCUCUCACCCAUCGGCCAAGCGAACGCUAUGCUCUUCACUCCCACCUCGAUGGUCGAUGAGGGUUUCGAUGACCAACACGAGCUUGCCGCCAUGACCAAUAUGGCCAGCGGCGGGGACUUCAUCCUUUUCCCCAACCAGGCUGGUGUUUCCAAGCCCAUGUACAAUGACUCCCUGUUUGCGACAGAUCUCCCGCUCCAGGGCAUGGGCACCGGUUACUCUCAGCCUUCCACUCAAGAUCUGAUUAACGGAUUCCACGUUGACUGGUCAGCACAUGACUUGAGCGCCUACCUUCCUCAGUAA